AUGGAAAUGGAAACGAACAUUUCAGAUAUACCUGAGGACGUUCUCUCAAGCAUCAUCUCCUUUCUCGGCAUUGAGGACGUAUUGCCUACUCGCCUACUCUCGAAGACGUGGAGACAUCUCCGUGUCCCUACAGUGGAUAUUAAUGAAGAACGCUUUUGCCGUAGAUUUGGAGCAGAUCCAACCGAUUUUGCGCUAUUCGUCGGGUUCGCCCUUAAUGCGCUCCAGCGCUUUCCUGGCACUGGAACCAUCAAGACCUUGGGAAUUCACUCUCCGAGCGCAAACUCCGACUAUAUGAGUUUAUGGGUGAGGAUUGCACUGGAUCUGCAGGUUGAAGAAAUUGUAAUAUCCGGUCGAGUUGCCCAUUCCCCUUCUGAGGCGCAGUUUAUGUGGCCUAUCGAUCUUUGGAACUCCCCACAUCUGAAAGCUCUGCGUCUUCAUGCUGGCGGCAUCUUUCCUGCUGCUUCCUCCGUUAACCUGCCACAGCUUGUAACCCUGAGAUUGCAAUUAAUAGGUUUCUCCAGUAACAAUGGGUUAAUUAAUUUCUUGGAAGGCUGUACUGGUCUUCAGAACUUUGUCGCAGGUGGAAUUUGGUUUACUGAGUCUGCUGGGGAGAACCUCCAGCCUAAUCUUCCUCAUCUGAAAACCCUAGAUUUUGAGUUGAUGAAAUUUGCCAGCAAUCGCACGUUUCUGAAUUUUUUGUUGGGUUGCCCUAUGCUUGAUAGCUUGUCAGCCUAUCAAGUUCGGUUUGAUGAAAUCACUGAGGUGGAUAUACCACUUAAUUUACCUUGUCUCAAGAACCUGCUGCUCAACGGGAUCAUGUUCUCAAGCAGCCAUGCACUCUUGAGUUUUUUGUCUGGUUGCCCUACAGUUGAGAGCUUGGUACUACGUGGAAUACGGUUUCCUAACCAUUUGGAUGUCUUGGAAGAGGACAGUAUGGAAAUUAAUCUUCCUUGCCUGAAAAACCUUGACCUCAGUUACAUGAUGUUCUCAACCAAUCGGGGAUUUCUCAAAUUUUUGUUUGGGUGCCCAAAUGUUGAGAGCUUGGUAGCAAUUCACAAUUUGUUGGAUGAAGUCAAGGAGUUGGCAGCUGAGGAAUUCAUUGUGAUGCAGAAAUUGAAGAAGGUUGAGGUGCGCUUUAGUGACUGGGAGGUUCCUGCCCCAGUGUUCUCCAUGGCCAGGUUUGAUUUGAAAAUUUCUUAA